UUUGUCUUCUUUAAGCAUGAGAAAUUCGUUUCAUUUUCUCACACACAUAAAUAUAUAUAUAUAUAUACAUAAAUAUUAUAUAUAUAUAUGUGUGUGUGUGUGGAGGAGUAUGAAUGUAAUAAGUUGAGUUUGGUUUGGGACUUGGGUUAGGAAAGAGCUAUAGUUAGUUAGGCAAUACAAGUACAAACUAGUAUUUUAUUAUAUAUAGUCCUAUAUAUAUAUAAUAAAUAUAAGGUAAUUAUAUAUAUAUAUAAUAUGGAUGAUGAGAAUAGAGAAGUGCUGCUGGUGAGGCAUGAAGAAGAAGAAGAAGAAGAAGAAAGGGUUUACUAUGAUGAUGAAAGCUGCCCAGGUUGUGUUCUUGACAAAAUCAAGCAAUCCAAUUCUGCUGUCCCUUUCAACUAUUUGUUCUUUGUUUUUCUUCUUGCCCUUGCUGCAGCUUUGCCAAUAUCAUCUUUGUUUCCUUUUCUCUAUUUCAUGAUAAGGGAUUUUGGUAUAGCAAAAAAGGAUGAAGAUAUUGGUUAUUAUGCUGGUGCUGUAGGAUGUGCAUUCAUGUUUGGGAGAUUUUUGACUUCUAUUUUCUGGGGAAUGAUAGCUGAUCGAUAUGGUCGAAAACCAGUCAUGAUUUUUGGCACAAUUUCAGUGGUAAUUUUCAACACACUUUUUGGACUUAGCACAAACUUUUGGAUGGCACUCUCAACUAGGUUUCUUCUUGGAAGCUUGUGUGGGAUACUUGGACCAAUGAGGGCAUAUGCUUCAGAAAUUUGCCGCAAAGAAUAUCAAGCUUUGGGAAUGUCAAUAAUUAGCACAGCUUGGGGAAUUGGAUUAGUAAUUGGGCCAGCUCUUGGAGGUUUUCUUGCACAGCCUGCAGAGAAAUUCCCAAAAAUAUUUUCCAAAGAUUCUCUAUUUGGGAGAUUUCCAUACUUUUUACCUUGUUUGCUGAUAUCAACAUUUGCUUUGGGUGUGACUUUCUUGUGCCAUUGGCUACCGGAAACACUUCACUUUCAUAACAAAAAGGAUGAAGAGAAUGAGAGCUCAAAUGGAUCUUAUCCCAAAGAAAAUUUAGAAGAAAAUGUGGUGAAAUGUUCUCCUCAAAAACAAAGUCUCUACAAGAACUGGCCUCUAAUGUCAUCUAUUAUGUUGUACUGUGUUUUCCAACUUCAUGACAUGGCUUAUUCAGAGAUUUUUCCAUUAUGGGCUGUGAGUCCUAAGAAAUCUGGGGGACUAAGCUAUUCAAGUGAACAAGUUGGUGAAGUUCUUGCCAUUUCAGGAUUUUUUAUGCUUCUCUUUCAGCUAUUUUUAUACCCUCCCAUUGAGAAGACUUUUGGACCUGUACACUUGGCUAGAAUUGGAGCAGUCAUCACAAUAGUUGUGCUAUCAACUUACCCUUUUAUAGCAAAGCUGUCUGGCUUCACACUCACUCUGUUGAUUGAUCUUGCAGCUGUGUUAAAGAAUGUAAUAUCUGUAUGCAUUACUACAGGAUUGUUUCUACUACAAAACCGAUCUGUGAGUCAAAGCCAAAGAGGAGCUGCAAAUGGCAUAUCCAUGGCUGCCAUGUCUCUAUUCAAAGCUAUUGGUCCAGCUGGUGGAGGUGUCAUAUUUUCUUGGGCACAGAAUCAUCAAAAUGGAUCAUUUCUUCCUGGUGAUCAUAUGGUUUUCUUCAUUUUGAAUGUUAUCGAGUUUAUUGCACUCAUAAUGACCUUCAAACCAUUUCUAGUCUUGGCUGAUGUAAUUUAAAGUGUGUACAAUACUAUUUCAUAUUUUUGUUCAUAAUAAAGUACUGAAGGGUAUAACAGUAUUUACAACUAA